CGCGCGCGCACACACAAUAUUUUUGGUAAUAUACGCGACGAACGAACCGAAGUACCGAACACCACACCGGAGUGCCGAUGCGAUGGUAUGUUUGAAUUUCGUUACGCCGCGUUUCAGUGUGAAAAUUUCUCUUUGUCCCACAGCGCUGCUUUCGCCGGUGCUGCUGCCACCGCUGAAAACGGGACCGGCGGACGUCCAAUAGGUACCCACUACCCAUCAUAUCGGCCGGCUAUAACUCAUCCGACGCUUUUGUCGCCGACACGACCGUGCGGCACUCCAUAGUUCGACUCGUUCUGCGCGUCCGGUCCGUCGCGAAACCUGUAACGACGUCGUGGAUCGUGAACGACAUAAUAUUGUUUUAUUAUCAUCACUAACUACCUCUGCACCGUAGCAACGCCAAUAGUAAUUAUUCAGUUCGGAGACGAUCUUUUAUCGUGUUAAGCUAUUCAAAUAUUUUUCAAACGUACCGAAUUUUGUGAUUUUUUAUUUUUUCCCUAUACGUUUCUCUAUCUAUUUCGUUCGGAUUUUCUGCCGACAAGUUUUUCGCGAUCUCGUGUGUCUGUGCGAUCGGCGCUUUUUGUAGUGCGUGUGGUGCUGCCGCCGCGGCGCGUUUUUACUUUACACAGCCGUCCGGGCCUAUCGGUCGCGUGCUUGCGAGUGCGUGUGUACGUGCGCGCGUGUGUGUGUGUGUGCGUGCGUGCGUGUGUAUAUGUUGUGCACACGCGAACGCGCACAACAGGUCGUCUUCGCGUCGGCUGCUCGUCGCCGUUGUUGUCGUCGCAUUUUGUAACGCAGACAUUUUCGUCAGGCAAGAGAACAGCAAUUCACCGUCUACGUUUUAGCCGGUCAGCAGCAUCUGUGCGUCCGGACUAUAAUAUAUAUUGUUAUUGUCGUAGUAAUAAUAUUACUAUCAUUAUAAUCACCGCCGAACGCGCAUUACGUCCCGUCACGCCAUGGACCACCAACAGCAGCAGCAGCAACAGUUCUGCUUGCGGUGGAACAACCAUCAGAACACGUUGAUUUCGGUGUUCGAUAGCCUGUUGGAGAGCGGAUCGCUGGUGGACUGCGCCCUGGCCGCCGAGGGACAGUGCAUGAACGCGCACAAAGUUGUCCUGUCCGCCUGCAGCCCUUAUUUCGCGAUGCUGUUAAAUCAACAUUUUGAUAAAUAUCCGGUGCUUAUACUUAAAGAUGUAACAUACCAAGAAUUGCGGUCUAUGAUGGACUAUAUGUACCGCGGUGAAGUAAAUAUUACCCAAGAACAACUUGGAUCAUUCCUGAAAGCUGCAGAAUCGUUGCAAAUUAAAGGACUGACUGAAAGUAGUGGCCGAUCUGAUCGAAAACUAGAUACUCGAAAAAAUGCAACAAGAAAUAUUUCACCUGGCUUGCCAAAAAAGUCUGUUACACCUAAAGUUACUGAUGGUGCUUUUGAUCCAUCCAUGACUGUCCCACCACUGCCACCCCCAACACCUAUUGUACCUACUAUACCAAAUACAAAACGACGUAAAUUAGUACAACCAGUGAAGAACUUUAGUAGCCUUGUUGUGUCACCAGUUAAUCCAAGUCGUACUAAUGCCAAUAGUUUAGAUGUUAACAAUACACCAAAUCCCACUGCACCCAGUUUAGCUGGUGAAGGCAAGGCAAACAUACCAUCUCCUCCAGUUAUUCCUAAACCUGUGGUGGAAUCAGCAAAUGUUCAAGCUGAUGAGGAAAAUUCUGAGAAAAAGCCCGAAGUAAAUGGUGUAGUAAUUGGAGAUAAAGAAGAUAAGUACUGGCCUUCUAGUGGCUCAAUAAGUGAUAUUAAACUUGAGAAAACUGAUACGGAAGAAGAAGCUAGUGAAAGUGAAAAUAAUGUCCAUAGUGAAAUGUGUACAACAAGCACAACUGUUAAAGUAGACUUAUCAUCCUCACAAAUCAGCAUGACAAAUUUUCGGCCCGAAGAAGGUAUGGAACUUACUGAGUAUGGAGGCAUGAACAUACCACAAAACAUGCAGGAUCAAGGUUCUUUAUGGUGGAAAAACUUUGAACAAAACUCCAAAUACGUGCGUACAACCCAAGCAAAUCCAUUCAGUUGUCAGCAUUGUGGUAAGAGGUAUCGAUGGAAGAGUACAUUAAAACGUCAUGAAGUGUUUGAAUGUGGAGGAAAAGAGCCAGUUCAUCGUUGUCCUCAUUGCGAAUAUCGCGCCAAACAGAGUGGUAAUCUUAGGGUGCACAUACGCAAGUAUCAUACUGCGUUAGAGUAAGUUCCUAGAUGCGUCACAACAUCCAAUAUAAAAGUUUUGAGUAGUUGAGGCUCUCUAAACUUUU